GAGACACAAAGUCACGCUAAAAAAACUUGUGAUGGUCACACCAGGCCUGGACAUCCGUGUAAUUCUGCGUCCCAAGAGCUUGUAUGAAUCAGUAUUUGCAGAGGGAGCAGUGAUGUGUUUGUGACACUUCAGUAGUGACUGGAUUACUGGGUGACUGCAAGGCUGCAGGUGGCCAUAGCAGUAGACCAUCCAUCCAUCCAUCUUCUAUAUCCACUCCUCCUAUGCAGGAUCCAGAGCCUAAUCCUGGAAGCUACAAAUCAGGGAAUAACCCAGGACAGGGUUAUUAACCCGAUAUAAUGGUUUAGUUCGAGUACUGGGCCCACUCCUCUGAUUCGAAGGAAGAGAAGUUUCUUAUGAAGGAUGCACACAGUCAAAUCUACUCUCAGUGCAUCUACUGGAUCUGACGACCCCACGCCGAUUGAUCAGUCUUCCAUAAUUGCUUAUCCACGGGGAACCCAGAGCCAAUCCCAGUCAGCACGGGACACAGAGCCAUAAAUUCCAGAGUGUUUGACAGUAGCAGAGCUAUUCAGCAUAUUUCACUAUGGCACGCACAAACACUUUUGGCCAGAGCAACAGUGGUGCUUCGGAUGAAUCUCCCAAUAUGCUUGUCUACAGAAAGAUCGAGGAUGUAGUAACACAAAUGCAAGAUGAAAAAAAUGGAAUUCCUAUUCGAACAGUGAAAAGCUUUUUAUCCAAGACCCCGAGUGUUUUUUCUGGAUCUGAUGUUGUUCAAUGGAUGGUCAAAAAACUAAGCAUUGAAGACCAAGGGGAGGCUGUCCAUCUGGGCAGCUUAAUGGCAGCAAUCGGGUACUUCUUUCCAAUUUCUGACCAUGUUCUGACUCUGAAGAAUGAUGGAACAUUUUAUAGAUUUCAGACUCCCUACUUCUGGCCAUCUCACUGCUGGGAACCAGAAAAUACUGACUAUGCAGUUUACCUAUGCAAAAGAACAAUGCAGAGCAAAGACAGGCUGGAGCUUGCUGACCAUGAAGCCGAAAGCUUAGCCAGACUACAACGAGAUUUCGCCCGAAAAUGGGAGUUUAUAUUUAUGCAAGCAGAAGCACAAGCAAAAGUUAACAGAAAAAGAGACAAGGUUGAGAGGAAAAUCCUUGACAGUCAAGAACGAGCCUUUUGGGAUGUUCACAGACCAGUGCCUGGCUCUGUAAACACAACGGAAGUUGACAUUAAGAAAUCCUCAAGAAUGAAGAAUCCACGUAAAACGAGAAAGAAUAACAUGUACAACAACAGUCCAAACCUCACUCCUGACCCGGAGGCCAACCAGCUCACAAAGGAAGAGCUUCACAAGCAGAUAAAACUUUGUCAAGCUCAGCUAAAUAGACACCGGAUGAAAAUGUCAAAAGUUGCAGAAAGUUUGAUAGGGUAUACAGAACAGUACGUUGAGUAUGACCCAUUGCUUACAUCACCUGAUGCCUCCAACCCUUGGAUCUCGGAUGACACAGCGAUGUGGGAGAUGGCAGCCAGUAAGGAUCUAAAUGAGAAGAGGGUGCGGAGAUGGGGCUUCGGGAUUCAUGAAGUCUUAAAAGAUCCAGUGGGUCAUGAGCGGUUUUUCAAGUUUCUGGAAUCAGAAUUCAGCUCAGAAAACCUGAGGUUCUGGUUGGCUGUUCAGGAGCUGAAGAACAAGCCCAUCAGGGAAGUCCCAGUUCGGGUUUGGGAAAUCUGGCACGAAUUUCUGGCAGCUGGUGCUCAAAGUGCAAUUAAUGUUGACUCAAAGAGUUACGCCAAAACCACUCAGAACUUGAGGGACCCUGGACGCUACGUCUUUGAGGAUGCUCAGGAGCACAUUUACAAACUGAUGAAAAGUGACUCCUACAGCAGAUUCAUCCGUUCCAGUGCUUACCAGGAGAUGCUGCAAGCUAAGAAAAAAGUGAACAGCUGAUUCUGAGACAGGAAUCUUCCUCAAACUAGUCUGAAAGAAGAGGACUGUAAGAUAAACCCAAAGUUCACAAGCAAACAGCACCGGUCCAUAAAUUAAACUGACUUCAAUGGACUUAUAACUAUAUUUCAAUAUACUCAUAGAAAUAUACACAAAUCCCCGUUUACUCUAUUAUAGAUGGUAGUAUUAGUUUUUAGACAUAUGGUCAAAAUUUAGUAUUUUUAUGUAUCCGAUUGUGAAAUUUAUUUUCUCCCUCGCAGCUGAAACCAUAUUUGUGAUGUUUUAAAUGGAAAUUGAAUAUAAAUGAUUUUACUUGUUUCACUUAUAAUUUAAAAAGAAUAGACAAAUUCUAUUAAAAAAUUAUGAGUCAAAAAAGUCCCAGUAAAAAUUAAAGCAUGACUUAGAGCAAGGAUAAUAUGAAAAAGAGAAGAUGAAUCUUUCUUUUUAUGUACAUUUUUUUUAUUUAUUCCUUCUUCUGUUUCUGUGAACACACUCAUUUUCUUUUCUGUUUUUCUUGUUUUCCUUUUUUUGUUCCAAUAUUUAAUUUGGGAACGAGGACUGUAGAACCAACUGUGAUAAAUUUACUUGGAACAUGGUACAGUAUGGGGUUAGGUUUGCCUUCAUUAGCUGAGUUGACAGCCUGACACGGUUGUGCAAAUGGCUCAGGGUCUUCGCACAUGACUUAUGAUGUCCUCCUGUAUUGUCUUACCUCCUACGAGUUCUAAAGCUUUUUGUUUUUUAAUGAAUAUGAUUUUCACCUGUUUGAGAAAUCCAUUGUUUGCUGCAUGUUUCAUGUAUCUCCUUUUCUCUGGAUGUGAUGCCUAUUUUUGAUCAUUUCAAUGUCACAGAAAAUCUGAUAUAGAAUCUGUGCGUGUAAUUCGCUGUACUCGUGUAGAUUUCAUUUUGUGCUGUGUCAUGGUGCAUGUAUAAUUAAGACCUUAUUAUAAAAGCUUCUAAGUAUUUAUGAUGGACAGUCCAUUUGAUGAAUUGCCUAUUUCUCCCGUGUUGCUUUUGUGCUUUUGUGCUGUAGCCAACAGGCUUUUUUGAAGAGAAACACUUAAAAAAUGUAUUUGUGAAACCUAUUUUGGUAUAUUUUAGACCCUGAUAUAAAUCACAUAAAUCCAUUUAAGCAUUUAAAAUAAAUUUCUGCCUGUUAA